CUCGACGAACCGCUGGCCAGUGGCCUGAACUGGCCGUAUAUGUCUGGGAUCUGGACUCCAGUGGAUACGUAUAUGAGAGAGGAGGGGCGCAAGAGCUACUUACUAUGUAGCAGACGCCAGUUGUCGACUCAGGUUGAUUCAUCGAAUGGGCCCGGGAGCUCGAUUUGGACCGUGACACCGGUCCAUAGUCAGCUGUUCGCGCGCCAUGAUUUGUCGGCAAUAUCUGUGCUUUGCUGCUGUGCUGCGUGAGUGAGCGGCGAGCAGACCUGUCUAUGGUGUAAGACAUCAUGCAUGGCCGUUUUUUGUCGACUCGACUCGGAGCCUCCGCUUCGUGGUCACUGGCAAGCUUUAUUCCAGCCACCAGUACUGCCAGGACCAUCCACCUACGGCGCACGCUUGCCGGUGCCAACUCAUCUCGGACCGACCCCAGAACAUUGACUACGGCCUCCCAUAUCAAUGAGCGAACGCAGCUGAAUAGAUCAUACCUAUAUGUACCUGCGGCGUCCGAGCGCAUGCUGCAGAAGUCUCUGGUCAACAGCUCGGACAUCCUCAUCUACGACCUGGAGGACAGUGUCCCGCCUACGAAGACGGACAAGGAGGGAGCGCGAGAGAGACUCGUUCAAUUUCUUCGUUCGAAGCCCCAGACGGAGCUACCGCGCACUGAGCGUAUUGCGAUCCGACUUAACUCGACGAACACGCCGUUUUUCGAGGAUGACCUUGCCGCUGCUCUGCAAGUGCCGUCCAUCCGGACCCUCGUUCUCCCAAAGGUCCACUCCGUCCAGGACCUCGACCAUGUUUCCCGUAUGAUCUACUCACACUCACAACUCAAGACCGCGCGUAACCCGGCGGAGCAGCCGCUGCGGCUCGUCGCGAGCAUCGAGAGUGCAAGGGCUCUCGUCAACCUCGGGACGAUUGCGAGCUGGCGGUCUGAAUUCGGACCGUCUCUCCAGGUCUCGCUAUCAGCCCUACUGUUCGCGGCUGAGGACUACUGUGCGGACACGUCAAUCAUUCGCACGAAGUCCCGUCAGGAACUCCUAUACACUCGGUCUCAAAUCGCCAUCACGUCCAAGGCCUUUGGGUUGGAUGCGAUUGACAUGGUCUGCGUGAACUACAAGGACCUCGACUACUUGAAAGAGGAAUGCGAAGAUGGGAGGCGUCUCGGCUUCAACGGCAAGCAAGCGAUACACCCUACGCAAGUAGAUAUCAUUCAGUCCACAUUCGUGCCCACAGAACAGGAGAUACUGCGUGCGGCCAGGAUCGUGAAGAAGAUGGAACAAGCACAUGGUGCACAGAGGGGAGCAAUCGGGCUCGAGCUCGAGGGUGGUGGCAAAGAGAUGAUCGACGCGCCCAUGCUCAAGCAGGCGGAGAACACUGUACGCAUAGCAAGAGCAGCUGGGCUACCUAUUCCGGACGUUCAGUGAAUAGGUGUCCUAUAUCAUAAAAGCUGACUAGUGUACAUGCUGCAGAGUUUCCCGUCAAUGAUCCACUUGUUCGACACGCUAGAUGCGUCGGAACAUCGACCACUCAGUCAUUCCAAGCGUCAUCCCACCCGUGCGCGCUGAAGUCCCACUUGCCCGCGGGCUGCCCAUGCGUGACCCAACCGAGGGUAUCCAUCACGACCCCUGCCGC